GCACUUGGAUUAGCUCCAUAGACUCUCUCAUCUGUCAAAUCGUCAACAUCAUUUUAUCAAUUCAGUGUUUUUCUUCACUGACUUCGCCGGAUUUUUAGAAUAACUGCGUGAAACUCAUUCUGUAUGAACGAUCAAAAUGAGUGGCAAUUCGAAUAAUAGCAGUUCAUCUACAGCGAAUUAUGGUACAACAAUAUCUAUAGAGUCGUUGAAAGUGAUCGCUGAAAGCGUUGGAAUACCGAACUUAUCGGAUGAAUGUGGCAAAGAAUUAUCCGAAGAUAUUACAUUCAAACUGAAACAUAUCAUUCAAGAUGCAAUGAAAUUUAUGACGCAUUCAAGAAGAAUCAGAGCAAUGCCUUGUGAUAUUGAUAAUGCUCUCGUUUUGAAUAAUAUUGAGCCAUUGUACGGGUUCAGUUCAGCGGAACAUAUUCCAUUUCGUUUUGCUUCUGGCGGAGGACGCGAGUUGCACUACACCGAAGAUAAAGAAAUGGAUCUCACUGAUAUUGUCUACAACACCAAUAUAAAAUUCCCUCUAGAAACCGCUGUUAGAUCUCACUGGUUAGUAAUCGAUGGAGUACAGCCAACGAUACCAGAAAAUCCGCCGCCAGUUUCCAAAGACGAGCAAAAAUUAGAGAGUGUCAAUCCGGUUGCUAAUUUGAAGAAGAAAGAAAAUGAGAAGGAGGCGCAUGGAAAACCAGCAACUGGAAAAAUGCAUAAAUUGAAAAACGUCGAAACAGUCCAUGUGAAGCAAUUAGCUACUCACGAAUUAUCUGUUGAGCAACAGUUAUAUUAUAAAGAAAUUACCGAAGCUUGUGUGGGAUCUGAUGAAAUCCGAAGAACGGAAGCUUUACAAAGUUUGGCCAAUGAUCCUGGAUUACACGCGAUGCUUCCACGUAUGUGUACGUUCAUUGCAGAAGGCGUUAAAGUUAACGUAGUUCAGCAUAAUUUAGCUUUGUUGAUUUAUCUCAUGCGUAUGGUGAAAUCUCUUUUUGAUAACCCUACAUUAUAUUUGGAGAAAUACCUUCAUGAAUUGAUACCAUCGGUUCUAACGUGUGUUCUGAGUAAACAAUUAUGCUUAAGGCCAGAUCAAGAUAAUCAUUGGGCACUUCGAGAUUUCGCAUCACGCAUCAUCUCGCAAAUCAGUAAAACUUUCAAUACAUCUGUAAAUAAUAUUCAAUGCCGUAUUACCCGACUCUUUUCGGAUGCUAUAAACAAUGAUUCUUCUCAUUUGCCUACUGUUUAUGGCGCUAUUCAAGGCUUAGCUGAAUUAGGACCACAACUUGUGAAACUAUACGUAUUACCGAGGGUGAAAGCAUUAUUAGCUCGACUUGACGGCGUUCUUGAACGGAGUACGCCUAAUAAUGCAGAUAGAAUAGCGGCGUCGCAGAUAAAGAAUUUACUAAUUAAAGUACUAGCUCCGGUUUUAAAAACGGGCCCGCUUGAUGCUGAUGAAUAUAGAAAGGAAUACGGUUCUUUGGGACCUAGUUUAUACAACGCUGUAUCGAAAGCUCGUGCAUCAUCGAAUGUUUAAUCUGCCUUUCUUCCAUCGGGAUGUCUAGCUAGGUAACAAAUUUCACGAAAUUCCUUGUUUUUAAAACAUCUUACAGGCGAUACAGGCGAUAUAAUAUUAAUUUUUAUUUUUUUCAUUGUACUCGUAUUUCGCUGUUUGUUUGGAAUUUACCAGCACGAAUGAUCUUCGCCAUAUAUAUAUAUUUUUAAUUAUGUGAAUGUGAUUCAUGAAUUAAUGUUUAAUGUGUACGAUAUGAAAUUAGGAUUAGAUUAAUAUAAGUACUAUUUUUUCUAAGAUCACAUUUUUGUUUGUAUUUUUGUAGAAUUAAAAUUGCAUUUCUGUUGUUA